AUAAAAAAAUAAGACAAUCUAUAUGCAAAACGAAUGCCCAAUAGUUUCAUGUGUAUCAUUUAUUACAUUACCUAUUUAAAUGUCAGUAAUUUAAAUUCUACAAAAAAGAUAUAAAUUAAUAUUAUGAUAAAUAUUUCUAAAGUGUUAAUUAAAACUUGGAAUGUACAAUAUUUCAACGCGACUUGAUGCCUUGAAUAGACAGCUCUUAAUUAUUUCUAAAUUGCAAAAAAUGGAUGGAGAAUGUAGUGUGUAUCCCACAACAACAUGUAAAAAAGUAAAUAUAACAUAAAACAUAAAUUGAUCCAGGAAAAUAAUAAUGUACGAAAAAUUAUAUUUUAUACAGUGUAAUGUAUACAAUAACAUUGCUAAAUAUUGUCACUGUGCCCACAAAAUUUUGUCUUUAAAAGACCAAUGCAAUAGGUUCGACUGCACUGAAGAUUGCAUAUCACAUGAUAGUAUUAAAAAGAGAAUACCGUGUAAUGUUAUAACAUGCAAAACACGCAAAAAAUUAUGUUUUUAUAAGAAGAUUCCCUCAACUGAAGUUCAUACAGAUUUGAAGGAUGAAGUUAAUAUAAUGAAUGAUGCAAUUGGUAAAGAGUUGAAAGAACCGGAGAAACAAAGUAAAUCUGAUCAAGUAGACUUAACUUCACAAUUUUAUAAAAUGUGUACUCAAGACAAAAUAAUUGAUACAUACGAAGAGAAAAGCGAGCAAACCAUUCCAACAAAAGAUAAUAUUCAUACUGAAUUAAAUAUAAAUAGUUUGGGCACAAAUUAUGUGCAGGAUGAAGCAGUAAAGCAGGAAACAUUUCAAAUAGAAAUAGAUGAAAACAUUUCAAAUGAAUUAGGAAAAAUUGAUUCCAUUAUAGAAGAUAUUUGUGCAAAAGACAAGAAAAUUUUCGAAAGAAUUCAAAAGGUUUUAUUAAAAAUAAUAACUUUUUGUCCCUUUAAAUUCAUAUAAUACGUAAUUUAUAGGAUCUUUUAACUGAAAAAAAACGCACUAAAGAACUUGAAAAAAGAUUGAAAUCUUUAACUUGUAGCCUAAAUUGUUUGAAAGAAGGUAGUGAACAAAGGGCAGCUUGUUUAAAAGAUGUAUUAGUAACAGCUGAAGAACAAAGAAAUGUUGCGAUGGGCUUAGUGAAACAAUCAAAAAAUCAAGCAGAUUUAGUCAAAACAGAUAGGGAUGAAUUAUUAAAUGAGAUUUCAAAAUUACAACAACAGAUAAUCGAAGUUGCACAUAAGAAUACAGAUCUGUUGCAAGAACGUGACAAUUUAAAGAGCAAAUUACAAUCUUUAUCAGAGGAUGAAUCUAAAAGGUGUGAGGAGGUUAAAAAAGAAGUGAAGAGAAUGAAACAUGCUGUAAAAGAAAAAGAAAAUGCUUUAAAUAGAGAGAGAGCAGAAUUUAUGGAUAUGAUUUUAGAACUUACGAACGUAAUUAAUAUACAAAAGAGACGAAUAUGUGAAGUAAGUGGUAUAUGUAAUAGUCAACUACAUAGCAUACAUGAAAGAAAUGAAGAAUUAUCUCAAAAGAAUAUCGAGAUAUCGGAGAUGAAAAAUAUGUUACAAUCAAGUAACUCUACUUUUAAAGAAAUGGAGGAGAAAAUAGAUCAUUUGCAAUAUUGUUUAUGCAAAGAAACAACGACUUGUAACCAGCUGAAACAAGAAUUAGAAACUUUCAAGGAAAAUCAUUUAUCUGAAUUGAGAAUAAAAGACAAAAUUAUAGAGGAACAAAAUAAAACAAUUUCAAAACAAAAGAAGUUAUUACAUGACAGUGAAGUGAUGGUCCAGCAAGUUGCUUCCGAAUUUAAUGAGCUUAAAGAUGAAUUACACAAAGAAAGAGAAAAAAAUGAAUCUUUCCAAAUAACAUUGAAUGAGAAUGAUACCAAAUUAAGCAAGGUAUAUUUAUCGCAAUGUGAAAAAUGUAGAACACUUAUAGUUGAAAUAGAUUAUUUAAAAAAAGAGAAACAGAAGGCAAUAGCAUUUGCAAAAUUUGCUUAUCAAAAGUUGCAUCAAUCUAUGAAAGAAUAUAAAAAGAGACUCAUUUGUGAAAAACAGCAACACAGGUACAUGGCAUUGAUUAUUGAGGAAAGAGAACAUGAGAUAGGAUGUUUGAAGAAUCAAAUUUGUCAGAAUAACAUGAGAAUUAUUUAAAAAAUAAAUAACUAUGUAGUAUGCAGACAAUUAAAUUUAGUUGUAAUUGUUUAUGUGAUUAUGAAGUUUUUUAAUAUACUCAAUAGAAUUAUAUAUGAAUAAAUAUUCACUAAU